CCUCCGCCGCCUCCUGGUGGGGAGAGGGAGCAUCUUCCGUGCCGGCGGGGCCUCCUCAUCCAAGAUGGCGCCCAGGGCGGCCCUGAGCGCCCACCCACGGCGGCCAAACCCUUCCCGGAAGCGAGGUUGUGUCCGCCCUUUCCGGUUCCGGGAGGAAGACUCGGGCUGCGUGGAGCGGGAGGCCACGCCCCCCAGGCCGGCUCCGGGGAAGCGCGGGAGGCAGGCGUCGGCGGCGUCGGCGGAAGCAGCCACAGCAACCGAAGGGCGCGCGCCAGCCUCUCCCGGGUCGCGGGAAGCAGCAGCAGCAGCAGCAGCAGCGCCUCCCGGCGGCCCCGCCCCCGCCUCCGCCCUCCCUGCCUCCGCAGCCUCGGCGGCCUUCCGGCUCGCCUGUGCCGGGCCACGACGCGGGGAGCAGAAGCGCCCGCCCCGCCCGGCAUGUUGAUGCAGCAGCUGCUGGCCGUGCAGCAGCAGCAGGGGGCCUACGCCCGGCACGAAGCCCUCCGGCGCCUCGGCCGCAGGUGCCCCGACCUAAAUGGGGAGCCGUGCUGGUACUGCGAGGAGGAGGAGGGCGACCGCUACUUCAACUAUGAGGACUGGGAAGGCAGCAGUGAGGAGGCGGCCGAGGAGGAGGAGGAGGAUGAGGACAAUCAGGAGGAGAAGGUGGCCACGGCGGCGGCCGGAGCAGGGCGGAGUGCCAGUCCAGCCACCUUCUGCGGCUUUAAGAGAUCCUUCCUCUGCAAGCCCUCUGCAGCCCCCGCACCAGCCAGCAGCAGCAGCAGCAGCCCAGACUGCCCAUUGCUGGGCAUUGCUGUGCCCCUGAGGCAGCAGCUCACAGCUGAGGAAGCACAAAGGAACGCAGAGGAGCUUGUGGCUGAGGAGGAGCGCGUCAAGAAGAAGGCUGAGAAGAAAAGGAUGAAGAAGAAGAGGCAAAAGGACAGGAAGAGGCAGGAGAAGCGGGAGCAGCAGUUGCAGGCGGGGAGCAGCGCGCAGGCCGAGGCGUCUCCACACAGCCCAGGCGCCCAGGAGCCAGACCCCCUGGCUGCCCUUCCAAGGGCCGUGGGGCCUGCCUUGCCUGGCUCGGAGGAGAGCUCCACCCAGGACCCCAGUGAGAGUCUGGCCUCCCCAGGCAGGAGCCCCAGCAGGAGUACAGAGGAGGAGACUGAAGAGGAGCUUGAUCUGACCAGCACCUUUGUCUCGAAAGCUCGCCUCAAGGUGGGCACCAAGCCGCCCCUGCCGCGGAAGGAGAAAGCAGCCAGGCCUGAGGCGAAGGAGCGGCAAGAGCUUCCAAGGCCUGGGCUCCAGAUGCCUCCUGUGGAGCAGAGCCUGGUGCUGGCAGAUUGCGGGAAUGAGACGGCCAAGCGUGGAUGCUAUCGGGAGGCUGUGCUGCUGUUCACGGAGGCGGUCAAGCUGAAUCCCCGAGAAUACAGGUUCUUUGGGAAUCGCUCCUUCUGCUACGAGAGGCUGCAGUGCUACAUGGAGGCUUUGUGCGAUGCCCAGCUGGCCCUCAGCUUGCAGCCUGGCUGGCCCAAAGGCCUCUUCCGGCAGGGCAAGGCUCUCAUGGGCCUCAAGCGCUUUGCAGAGGCUGCCAGGACCUUCGAGGAGCUGCUGCGGCUGGACGGUUCCCGGAGCGAUGCCGCUGUCCAACUGGAGAAGUGUCGCAUUCAGUUCCGGCUGGAAAAUGGCUUCAGCCAGUACCACCCUCCUGAGUGGGGUGUCGUGGCCCGCGAUGCCCGGCUGCUUCUGCCUGGGGAUCAGCGAGGAGGCCGCCCAGCAGGAGCAGGCCUGGCCUCGGUCACCAUCACCAGCUCGAAGUGCAAGGCGGCAGCGGCUGCACCACUGCCACCCCCCCCAGCUGCACACGCCCCUGCCAGGGAAUGGUUUGCCGUGUGGGUGGGGAACCUCACGCCUCGGAUCACCCAGGAGGUCCUGCUGCACUACUUCCGCCCGUUUGGGCCCAUUGACUCCAUCCGCCGCCUCCCCCGCAAGUUCUGUGCCUUCGUCAACUACACCCGCAGGGAGGCGGCCGAGGAAGCCUACAAGGCGCUGCAGGGCGCGGAAGUGGAAGGAGCCCGACUGCUGCUGCAGCUGAAGCACCCCGUGCAUGCCACGCCUGCCCCCGCCAAGGCACCCAGCAGCUUCUGAAGUGGGAGCCGGCCUGCCCUACCUCCCCAGCCUUGCAAGACUGUUCCUGGCAAAGUGCUGGCCACGCCACUGGGCAUCUCGGCAGCAAUGGACCCUCCUUGGAGCAGAGCCCCUGCCAAGAAGCUGCCGCAGCCAUGACCGCCGCGCGCUGGACUCUGGAGGCAGGCGGGGGAGGCCUUUUGUGGAGGCUGGAGGGGCCCCGAGAUGGACCUGGCGGUGCCUGGAUUGCGGGACUUGUGCCCCCACCCCCCGAUCUGCUUGGCUGUGUGAGGGGCAUCUCCCUUUGGAGUCGGAGUCCUGGGAAAGGUGCGCAACUCGGUGUGGGUCUGUGACGGGCGGAGGAAGACUGAGCCGUGAAGGCACAGGGCUUGGGGGGUGAGCUCUCCGCCCCCCUCGCAGUCAGGUGUCUCUCCAUCUCCUCGUCCGCCCUCUGGUGCCGUUGGGCAAAUGGUCCUUCCUCAGCCUCCUCUUCUACUGCCUCUGUGGGGCUACUGUUGCUUAGGCUGGCCCUCCCCUCCAUGUCUGUUUGGGAGGGGGAAUGAGGAGCCCAGCUGGCUGGGUGGGUGGGUGUGUCUGUGAAAUCAGCGUGGGCAGGCCAAGGAAACAGGCCUUCUCCUGCCCCCCCCCCGCCAUGGGGUGGCCUGGGGGACCUGGGGGAGCAGGGGCGCCCCCUCCCUGCCCCUGCUUGGUCCAUUCAGGGAUUUGUGCUUGCCAUCUUGUUUUACACUGUUCACAAUAAAGUCGUGAAAGCGCA